GUCUUUUAGCAUUUGCCAUGGAGAGCCAGGAUAUUGCAGCAGAAUUCAGAGAAGAAAACUCUACCUUGGUAAGUCAGUAUAGCAACUUUAAAGAGUGACCAGCAUCUAAUUUCUCCUCACAAUAUCUCCCCUGAAUCAAACAUAAAGGCUAUGAGAACAAAGGAAAUGAUCACCAAAUAAAGAAGCUUUUGACAUCUUGUUAAAUAAAUUCUCCAAGUCAACAACUAAAGAAAUGUAUAUAGAACAGUAUGGAGAAUAUGCAUACUGAUGUUAGGGUGAAAAGGGGUUUUUAAAAUAUUACACCUUAGCUUUGUGUUUAACAGCAUUUGUUUUGCAAAAGUCAGAGUGUAUAGCUGGGUUUACACUUCUCGGGAAUUGUCUAAUGUCACUUAUGGCAUUUUUGUUUGGAACACCUUUUUUAAACCAUACACUGAGGAUUAAAUGUUAAAUUUCACAUGUUAAGGUUCCCUGUAUGCUGUGACAGCUGCACAUUUUGAAGGACUUGUCAGAGCUUACACAGUCCCUUGUGACAGACCUGUUAAACAGGAUUAUCCUGAAGGCAAAGACAAACAGGAACAAGAAAAAAACAGUAACAUUGUGAGUAACAAAGUAAAGAAAGUGAAUCUUGCUGAGCCAGGACCAUCAUGCACAGUGCCACAGAAUGGUGAAGUACUUGGUUUGUGUAAUGGAGAAGUGGAAGAAGCAAAUAGACAGUGGAAAGGGUUAGUUCACUUUUUGAGUAUUGUAACUCAGACUGCCCCUCUGCCAGUGAGUUGAAUCUUCUAACAACUUUAAGUUGAUUUAAGUGUCUUUUCAAACUGAGUGGUACAACUGGUUUGCAACUUGAAGGCUCAAUUAUUAUCCUUUGGGUUUUCACUUUGACAGCCAAGGCAGUGCUUUCAGUAAGACCCAGCACCAGUAGGAGCUCCAGUGGGUAUUCUGUAGUGAAUUGGUAGUUAUACUCUGGGAGCUUUCAUGCAAACUCACAAUGUGAGACCUAAAACACCUUGAGAUCUUCUAGAGUUCUUUCAGUCAACUUUUACCUUUAUAAAUGAGUUUUGAUAAAAUGAUUGGUAUUUUCUUAUAUUAUAUUGUAGCAUACAUUUCAUACAUUUCCAGCCAAAAAAAAGAUAUUUUGAGUUUCCACCAGCAGACUGACUCAAAUUUUGGUAAACAUUUACCUUAUAUCCUUUCAGAGGACUUUUUGCGUGAAACUCAGGGAGCAGGCCUGCAUGUCAGGGAAUGGAAAAUUUUGAUCAGGAAUAAAAUGAUCAGUUAAACAAUUGUUAUCAAGAACAAAAAUAUUUAAUGAUCAUCUGUGAAAGUUUGGCACCAAAAACUCUGUUUUAAGCCAGUUUAUUCCGAAUGGAUGUAAUGGGAUUAUAAGAGGGAAAUUCUCUGGCAGGUGCCUUACCAUUUGGCAGCAACCUUCUUCAAAUCUUAUUGAAAGCACUGCAAGGAUAAUGUGAUGAAUAAGUUCCACAAAAGUGAGAUCUUUUGGAUGGGGUCCUUGAAGCUUUCAAUACACUAGACACUAGAUACCGGUAAGUGCAAAUAGGGUCUUUGAGAGGUCGAGUUUAUUUUUUUUUUUUGCCUCAAAAUUCCACUCUUGUGAAAAAUGUUGGAAAGCUGCACUUUAUGUUUUUUUUUUUUGACCCUUUGACUCCCAAAAUCAGAAUGUUAAUUCUCCCCUAUAGUUGCUACAUCUUUCCAUGUAAAUUAGUUAUGAGAAUUUGGUAUUUAAAUCAAGAUAACAACCUCUGCUUGAUAAGUUUGUGUAUUCUCAAUAGCUGUUAAGUGAAUUACGUAUUGUACAUUAUAGAGAGAAGUUACAUGUUGAUCACUUCUUGGAGUUUAAGGAGAACAAGGUUAGCUUUCAAUUUUGAACUAGAGAGAUUUGAUAGUAUAUCUAGGUGGUUACAAUAACAUGGAUUGAGAAGUGUCCUUCCUCAAGCACUUCAGUAUUUUUGCUUAUUAUCAUUUGUUUUUCUUCUUUUGUGUCAAGGGAGGGGGGUGGGGGGGGGGUGAGGAGGGUGAGGAGGGGGGUGCCAGGAAGGAAGUACUCCAGGUAGAUUUGCCCUGCACAAGCCAGCUCAGUUUCCUUAAUAUUAAUAAAUAUUUUCUUUUUGUUUCAGGUAAAAGUUGUCUACAAGCAAAGCAUCCGUUGUUAAUUAAAACAAGCAGGGGUUUCCGUUCCACUGGAAAUAUAAUUUGUGCACUUAAGGGAGGGUACCACAUAGUCCCUAUGUCCUUUUUCCUCUCUUCCCUGACUCUUGGCAUGCAGCAGAGACUAAUUCUGCAGUAUCUGACCCCCUUGAGGGAAUAUCAGGAGGUAUGUACUGUAAUUAGGCACUUGAGCAUUUUAGUGAUAUAUGAAGAACACAGAGAGUCUCUCCACCGAAGUACGUGGGAAGCUUGUGGGAAAAGGGCUCUGAAUCAAGGAUAAAUUAGAAAUGUCAUAUACUGUAACUUGAAAAAUUUGAGUUUGGUCCGUUUUAACUAAUCGUGCUCGGGCAAGAAAUAUUUUUUGGAUGAAGGGACAUACAUUGAUCUUGGUCAGAAGGUAACGCACUCGGAGCAAGGAUUUUUGAUCAUCAUAUGCGCUUUCACUGAACGUGCGCGAGCAAAAAAUGCUUUUUGGAUAAAGGGACAUAAAUUGGCCUUGGUCAGAAGAUAAUGCACUCGGAUCGAGGAUUUUUGAUCAUGUGAUGCAUUUUAACUAAUUGGCGCGAGUAAGAAAUAUUUGUUGGAUGAAGGGACAUACAUUGGCCUUGGUCAAAAGUUAAUGCACUCAGCUCUGAAUUAAGAGGUUCUUUUUGAGCCGUAGAAAAUUUUGUCAGUUGCUAUGGCAACUAAAACAGUCGUAGCGUAGCCUGGAGCAUUGCUUGGCCAUUGAUUUAUCUUGACACAUUUUUCUUUGAACAUUUCAAUUCAGCUGUUGCCGACAGUGUUUGAAUCUAAAGCCCGGGAUCUUGUAAUGCACUACAUUACAUUUAUAAGCCAGGUGGAUCUACAACUUGUCUUUGAAGCCCUCAAGUUAGGUAGGUAGUAGGCAGUAACGUCAUGCUUUUGUGUUGUACGUUUAAAAAAAAAUCAAACUGAUAGAAUCAGAAGCAAAAUACUGAUGCUACUUGUGACUCCUUCGCUAAUGAUAUGUGAAAAAUAAAUUGCUGGAGUUUUGAGCCAUCGGUUAGCUCAGUUAAGAACUGGCAUUGCCUGUGAUUCCGACAAUCGAGUUUUCACUGGAUCAUAAGCGUUGGAGUUUUUAGCAGAAUCGGAAGAAAAGAAAUUGCUCGGAAUAUUCCAACUCUUAUUUCGUCAAGCUUUUGGCUCCACUUACGACUCCGACUCUCGAUUUUCUCUGGGUCGCUGGCACUCCUACGACUAAUGAACAAUUUGACUCCAAUUCUGUCUUGUGUAAACGAACCUUCAGACACUCUACCACAUUCAUCCCUCUUGAAAAUCACUACUUUAACUCUUCAACUCCCAGAUCGAAUUUGUAAUUUUCCUUACUGUCAACCAUAGAAUUCUUAUGUUAGUUCGGAUAAUUUAGUAUUGGAUCAGCUAAUCCUGCCCGAAUUGAUAAUUUUCUUUAUUCUCAUUACUUAUCUGGUUGAUAUUGUAUUGAUAUUGUAAGGAGAAAUUCUGUCUUGGUCACUCGUGGAAGUUAAAGGUUAAGACAAUAAUGUAUUGUACCGACUGAGAUCUGACAAAAAAAGCCUCAGAAUUUAAAAGCUAUUUCCUUUUAUUGUCUUUUUAGUAUUUGGCAUCCCUUCUUUUUCAUAAAAAGUUUGCCACAGAAUUUGUGACUCAUAACGGAGUCCAGCGGUUACAAGAAAUGCCACGCCCAUAUGUGGUUGCUACAGGGUGUUCUAUGUGUUUAUAUUAUCUCGCUUACAAUGAGGACGCCAUGGAGAGAGUAAGACAUUUUUUCAUUUUAAAAAAAUGUUUUUAGGUUUUCGGAUUUGUAGUUGUAAGAAAUACAUUAUUUAGUGCAGAUUUAACUUACCAAUGAUCUGUGAGUUAUGAGCAGACCAGUAUUUUCUAAAAGAAAGAGGUAACGAGUAUCAUUCCGUUAAACAUGAAAUAACAAUGAUUAACACAUCUCUGCUUAUUUUUCAUCAAUCUCCCUUCCCCCCCUAAAAAAAGCUUAUUUAUGUAUAACGUAUAACCCACAGGUAGAUAAAACAUUACAGCACUUAUUGCUGCAUGAAGAGAGAUAACAAAGGGAUUAAAGAAAAACCGGUCAAAUGGAUAAAUAGAAUCGUACGCAAGGAGAAUGAAAAAGAUAAAGAUAAAAAACAUAAAGAUAAUCACUCAAAAAAUGUUAUCUUACAAAAUUACCGUUAAUUCUACAAAAAAACUUCAAUGAUUAAAUUCUUGGUGCCUUUUUUCUACAUGGGCCAGAGGAUCAUGAAAUUAACAAACACAAUAUGUCGACGGAACCUCCUUAACUGUUUCAAGUAACUUGUUUCAGGUGUCCCUCCUACCAAACCCUGUGCUGAGUGACCUGGUCAAGUAUGCAUUGUGGCUUCUAGAAUGUUCUCACGACUCUAACAGAUGUCACGCAACUCUCUUUUUCUCGCUCACGUGUUCAUUUCGAGCAGUGCUGGAAUUGUUCGACAGUAAUGAUGGUCUGCGGAAGCUUGUGAACCGGGUAAUUAGUCAGUUACAUUUAUUAGUCAGUUAUAUUAUAAGUUUUUACUUUUUCUCCUCAGCCCGAUGGCAAGUCUGUUUUAUUUGGAACACAAAUAGGCGAGUUGAAGGAAUACAACUUAAUUACUGGACAGGUACAAUACUCAAUUUACACCUUUUGAUUUCAAGUCAAACGCCAAAUUUUUCUUCAAAUAGCUAUAUGUGUAUGAAUUAGUCGUUGAUUGUGACAAGUUAAGUUGUCAGCUGUAUCACACCUAUUUUUUUUUUUCGUUCUUUUUUAGAUUUAAACCGGUCAGUGCAUGGUUUUCAUGUUCAUUUGUAUUUCACGUAUUUACUUUUAAAAAAAUUACAUUUUGCAGGAAGAGGCGACUUAUCUCUGUAGCGCAGACAGAGCAAUUUCCAUGUGCCAUUGUUCAAAAGUAAGAGUACAGUAUGGAAGCUUCCCUCCUCAUAUAGUUAAAAAUGCCUUUCUUUCUACUUCGAACAGGUCGAAAGUUUCAUUAAUGUUUUUCACGUCUUUUUUUUUUUUGGGCGCACCCGCCCCUCCCUCCCCCAACCCAAAAACAGUCAAAUGGUAACAAGUUAGGUUCGAUGUUGGACUUCGGUCCACAUCCACACAUACAAGGCAGCUCCGCUAUUGAUUUUAAAUAACUUAACGUUCAGUCAAAUUCCGUCUUCUUGUUAGCUGUUUAGUUUCCAUAUCUUUCGCUGAAACCAAUCAACCCUUUUUAUUCAUCAGUUUUGCAACGCGUUUCGCAACGUUAUGAACCUUUCUAAGGCUCAUGUGACCAUUUCAGGUUGUGUUCACGAGUUCAUUUAUCACUGAAAUUGUCUUUUUGUACUUCAUUCUUCAAUUGUUAGGACCGCGAACUUUUAUUGACGUCAUCUUCGUCUGCUUUGCCUCCCUGUGCUCUUUGGUCAUUUGGAGAUGUUUUCGAAAUGAAGUAAGUCUUUUAACUUGAAAACCUGUUUGAUUCGUACCACUAGAGCAUCUGAUAGGCACGUCCUUGUUUGUGUCUCUGCUUAGUUUAUUUGUAUCUCACCUUUAACAAACUACAAUGUUUGUCGCAGAAACAUAAAACAAACACAUACUUCACUUUGUUUUACCAUUAAUUUUUAUUGACUUGAGGAUCGCUGAAAUGCAAAAAAAAGUUUUACAUUGUUCUUUCAGAGCUACAACUUUUAUAGAAGACACUUAGACAAACUAACUUCAUAAAUUACAGGAGACGAGCAAUGACUCCAACUUAAUUCACCUGCGGCAAUCAACGCUCAAGAUCAAAACAAGCAAAAUGGGAAAUAAUUUAGGGGUAUAUCAUGGCUCGUAUCCUAUAAUCGGAUUGGUGUUAAUGACAUGUGAUAGUAGGCGAACUGUAAUAUUUCGUCGUUACAUUUAUCUCUCUAUUUGAUAAAAAGUGCGAUUUACUUUAUACUUUUAUUUGUUUCUCUUUGGCUCAGACAUCCAUUUAGCGAAGACACUUGGGUAAAGUUUAGUAAUUUACCAGAAGACAGAAUUAUUGGCACACACGACGCUACUGCGCAUGUGAGUUCAAGACGUGAUGCAUUUUCACUUCCAAAUACAUCACGAACAGCCUUAGUUUGACAAAUUGUCGCUGUUCAUUUAGAACAUUUACAAAAGGAAAAAUUGAUCAGCGAAAUUGCUAUUACGUGAACGCGAGACAGCAAGGACGAUAGAAUCGCUGAUUUUGCCCAAGUUUGUGCGAGAUCAUUUUUUGUCUCGAAUACAUGGACUUUCAAGAGGAAUUUUUUGCCCAGACUUCAUGGGCAAGAUCAGCUUUCUGCGCCUCAGUUUACUUGCUCUGAGGCCUCUUGGCUGUGUUUAAUAAUUUUUUAUUUGUUAUUUUGAUAUGCUUCAGAAACAACUUUGGUUUUUCUUUCACGUCACUCAGUUGAAACGCGUCUUUUGAAACAUUAGUCGAACUUUAAGGCACCAAACUCGAGAUUUCUAUCGGUAGAUCGUUGAUAAAUUGGAGGCAAAGCCUUGUGAUGACCUUAGUAAAGGUUGACCAAUGUUUUCUUGUAUUUGAUUCAGGUUUUUUUUUUUUUUUUUUUUUUUGUCGUUUAUUGUGGUACUUCUCUGCCAAAACCCCCAUUUUAUUUGUCGAUAACAACGAGCAUUAGAAUGCAGUUAGAGUGUGAUGAUAUUAUGCACGAGAUUAUAUUCAACCAUCAGAUUUACGACACUGCGACAGGUCAGCGGGUACUAACUCUGCACCAUUCCAACAACACUAACAACUCCUCAAAGAACCUCGCCUCCUUCAAUCCCACGGACGACCUGGUACUGAACGACGGUGUAAUAUGGGAUGUCAAAGGCAAACGGCUUCUACACAAGUUUGACAAGUUUAACAACUUUGUCAGCGGCGUUUUUCAUCCCUCCGGGCUGGAGAUUAUCAUCAAUUCAGAGAUUGUAUCCUUUUUUUUGUUUUUAAAGAACGAGCUAAUGCUAUACUGUAAAGCAGUGAGUCCAGAUUCACGAAUAUAACGGAACACAACGUCGGUCUUUCACGGAUCUCGAAAAAUCACUUUACCUCCUUCUUCUUACUUUGACAGUGAAUUAGGAGAGAAAUAGAUAUCAAGGACUAUUAUUUCAUAAGAAAAGUUUAUUGUUUCCUCAUCUUGAGCGUUUUCGGGAACCACUACACAGUCACCUGACUAAUCCACUGAGUACAAACUUAAGUCUGAGUAUCCUAGGUGAUUUGCCGGCCAAUUUACAUCAUCAACCUAGUCGAUAAAACCAAACUAUCUGGUUAUUUCCCCUCCCUCCCCACCGACGGAGCCUACUGUUUCUUGUAAAGCUAACCCCUUGGACUGUCUUAAGCAACUCCUUUCAAAUCAACAGUUUGCCUUUUGUUUUGCCAAUAAUCCUUGACGCUAAAAACAGCGGCAUCGUCGCUCUUUCCAUUUAUUGGACACGUGUCCUUCACUAGAUCAAUGUCGCGUGAUCUUCAAUAACGGUGGUGACGUCAUGUAUGGGGGUAAUUUCAUGUUUACUUGUUUACACACUUCUCAAAUUCAAAUCAAUUUUUCACGAAGGAAAUCAGACCCGACAUUGAGGUUUUAGUGCGUCCGAGUCGUGAGUUUUAAGUUGUGAUCUAUUUGUCAUCUCGAUAUUCAAAUUCAAAUUGAGAGCACAGAAUACUCACCCGGGAUUAUGGUUCCAUAGGUUUUCAGCAGUUUAUAGAUAUCCAAAAUUGCGUAAGAAAAUUUUUCAGCUUUUCAUCAAUUUUUCAGCAACUUUUGCCGUGUUUGGAAAAGUGAAAGAGCUCUAGCUCUUUUAUAUGACUCAUAACCCUAAAACUUCUGGCUCCAGUCUUUCGAAGGUUGGAUAGCGCUAUCCACUAGAUAAAACUCUUUCCGUCGGAUAGCGUUAUCCGCCCUUUACAUAACUGGGCCCUCAGGGAAAAGUACCUCAGAGCCUCUGAUAUCUCAAAAAAUGAAAAAAAAAAAAAAAUGAAUUCUGGACUGAAGGGAGCGGUAUUUGUUCUUCCGUAUUUUAUAGUAAAACAUCUUUCGGAUCCUUUGGGAAUACCGCUAGCUUCCAGGCUCCUUGGACCGUACGAGACCUCGUUCAGGGGGGGCAAUGAAGAUUACGCUCGUCUGAGGUCAUUUUUGGUUUGGGAAACUGUGUUCGCCCACAAACGGAGUUGUGGGCGAACACAGUUAGCAUUAAAACUAAUUAUAAAACAAACCUUCGUGUGCAGAAGUGUGUCUGCUUUCAAGUACCGUUUACGAUCAAAUGGAAGAAACAUCGUCAAAGGGAUUAACGGAAGCUACACUCAAAGAACAUAGAAUGCAGUGAAUAUCAGCUCAUAUCUGUGUCCUCGGAGGGGGUUACGUCGAGGCCAUUUGUCUCCUCGCUGAAAAAAAAAACUGCCUCACAGUUUCACUCAUCCGCUCUACGCUUUUUUUUUUUCUUUUUUCUUUUUCUUGUGGUUACGGUUAUUCGCUCAUUUCCGAAAAUGCGGUGACACACAAUUAGUCAGGAGGUGUUUCGCCUUUUAACAGCCUCUCCGAGCAAGGGUCUUUUCGCCUUUCACCGCCCCCUCCUUCCACUGUCCACUCAAACUCCAAGUCAAACAUGGCCGGUCAAAUAAUAGAUCGCGAACUUCUUAACUUUAACCCGCCCUAAUAUAACGCCUGCACUGCAAGCUCAGGAGCUAACAGUUAUCCCAGCUACCUUAUGCCACGACAACUGGGAGAAACUUUGACAAUGUGAGCCAUCUGACUGGCUUUACUUGUCAUUUCAUGAUUGCAUAAGUUACAAAAUAUCACUGCAAGGAUCUCGUCAUCAUGUCAUAACAGUUCACAUGAAUUAUUACAUAUCAUAAAUCCCGUAAUGUUCUUUUUUAGAAUCAGGCGAGCGCCGAUGAAAGCGUUUGCCGGGUAUACGAAGUUGGGCGGCUGCGUAGGGCUGAUGACGAGGACGAGCACGUAUGAGAAUCUUGAGGACUUUGACAUCAAUAUUCGUAGGAACGGACCAAUCAAAGAGAAGUGAAACCGCCAUCUUGGAUGCGAAUUCGGUUAUGUGAUUGGUUCUUGCCUUAUUUGCAUACAAAAUCCUGCACUUUGUUAGGUUGUGGACUAUAGCGCCCCCCUGGCACCAAAGCAGAGAUGAACUUUAAAUCACGUCACUUAUUGCAACACGUGUUUUAUGUAGGUCAACAAAAUAACGACUCAAUGCCUUUUUUCUCGUAGGAAUCCGACGAAGGUGGCGAGGAAGAUGACUAUGUCGAUGACGAUGAUGAUGAGAAUGAUGAUGAUGACGAUGAGGAUGAUGAUGAGGACGAAAUUGAAAUCACGAUAUCUGGCGAUGAUGAUUCGGAUGAUGACAGUGAUAUUGCAAUCUUUUGAAGCGCAGCUUUUAAGUUUCCAUCUUUCAGUUGUUAAUUCAACUCAACAAUGAGCACGUCAUUCUGCUAUGUUUUUAUUUUUGAAAAAAUGUAUGUGUAUCACACAAUUUGGGAAUGAUAGUUUAGGCUUGGAGUUGAGGUUGUUGACGGCGGAGUUUUAUGUCAAUUGCUAUGUAGCAGAAAGUAGAAGUCAUCAUCGAAAAAGUUACACCCAUGUUACUGAUUAUCAAAUAAAUAGAAAGGAUA